AUUCUACUUGCACUAACAUAACAACAUAGUUUCUUCCCCCUAACUUAAAUUAACCUGAAUUGGAGGGAAAACGUUAAUAUUGCUGAAAUAAUCUGUUUAACAAUCAUGUCUCAGGAGCUGGAAGACACUUUAGCAAAAUUAUUAGUACCGGAUAAUAAUACGAUACAGCAGGCAACUCAACAGUUGAAGGAGCUAUUCAAAGAUCCUGAUAUUAUUCCAGGUUUAUGCAAAGUUUUAGGGUUAUCUCAAGUUCCUCAGGUCAGACAGUAUGCUGCAGUAUUGAUACGUAGAAAAAUACAGAAAUCAAGACAUUGGCAUGCACAGUCAGUGGAAAUCCAACAGAAUAUCAGAGAGAAUAUCUUAGAAAUCUUACUGCAGGAAUCAGAAAAGAAUGUCAGGAAUGCAAUUGCACAGGUUGUUGCAACUGUUGCAAAACAUGAUUUACCCAAGAACCAAUGGCCACAACUUUUCCAGUUUCUAACAGCUUAUACAAAAAGUCAGAAUCCAGUAGAAAGGGAGACAGGAAUGUAUUUGUUAUACACGGUGUCAUCAUCUGCUGCAGAACAACUAAAGCCUCAUCUUGUGUCUCUUCUGCAGCUACUGUCAGAAGUUAUAUCUGAUAAUGAAAACCAGUUUGUACCAUACUAUGUGGUCAGGACACUAACUGAGCUGAUAUUUUUUGUUGGUGAUGAUGAAGUGAAAUAUGUUCAGGAGAUGUUACCAAGGAUUAUAGAUGUAGCUAAAGUACUUAUCCCUAUUGAUGAGGAUCAAGCAUGUGAAGUUCUGGAAGUAUUUGAUGAGAUGUUAGAAUGUGAAGUAGCCAUGCUUGUUCCCCAUAUGAAAACAGUUGUAGAUUUUUGUAUUGAGACUGCAGCUAAAGAUAUCUUAGAAGACAAAGUGAGAGUUAAGGGAAUGUCAUUUAUAGCCACAUUAAUUAAACUGAAGAAGAAGACCUUUUUGAAAAUGAAGCUGGUUGAUCCUGUAUUAAAUGUUUUAUUCGCUUUGAUGUGUGGUAGUGGUGAAGAAGAUAAUUCAGAAGAAGAGGAAGAAGACUUGGAUUCUUAUAAACCAGCACAGUAUGCUCCUCAGGUAAUUGACACUAUGGCCUUACAUUUACCACCAGAAAAACUUAUUCCUAACCUGAUGCAGUUGGUUGAACCUUUGAUAUCCAGUGAAAAUCCAUUGGUCAGGAGAGCAUGUUUUUUAUCUGUAGCAGUUGUAGCAGAAGGCUGUGCAGAUUAUAUUAUAAAAAAACAUCUUCAUCCUUUGUUACACUGUGUAGUGUCGGGUCUGAAUGAUCCAGACCAAGGAGUGAGAAAUGGAGCCUUAUUUGCAAUGGGUCAGUUUUCAGAACAUUUGCAGCCUGACAUUAGUAAAUAUGCAUCCGAGAUAUUGCCAUUGGUAUUCCAGUACUUGGGAAGAGCUACUAAUGAAAUAGAUAAAAACCCAAAAGGCCUGGUCAAAAGUUAUUAUGCUUUGGAAAUGUUUUGCGAAAACUUAGGAAAUGGAAUAGAGCCAUAUUUACAACCAUUGAUGGAACAUCUGCUUGAAGUACUGACGAUUCCUACAACCUCUGUUAAGCAGAAACAGUUAGCUAUCAGUGCUAUAGGUGCUACAGCUAAUGCAGCAAAAACAUUAUUGAAACCAUAUUUUCACGAAAUUAUAGAACUGUUUAAGGUAUACUUAACUGCUGGUGAUGAGGAAAGUGUAAGGAAAUUGCAGAUACAAGUGUUAGAUACAUUAGCUGUGAUCGCCAGAUCAAUAGGAAACGAAACGUUUAUGCCAUUAGCACAAGACUCUGCAGUUUUAGGUAUAAGUUUGUUAGAAACAGUUGAUGAUCCUGAUCUUAGAAGAUGUGUAUAUUCUCUCUUUGCUGCUUUGUCAUCAUUACUACAACAAGACAUGAUACCAUACAUGGAGAAAUUGGUUAUGUUCAUGAUAAACUCCAUAAAAUCAACAGAAGGAGUCAAGACUCACUAUAAAGAUGAAGAAGAGCAGGUAAUUAUGUUUAACGAAGAAGAUUUUUGUGAUGAAGAAGAUUUAACAGCUGGUGACAGUGAUCAAGAGGAAGAUUCCAAAAUUCAUGGAAUAAGUGUAGAGAAUGCCUACUUAGAUGAAAAAGAAGAUGCUUGUUGUGCUUUGGGAGAAUUAGCUGGAAACGCAGGGUCUAUAUUCUUUCCAUACCUAGAACAAAGUUUUGGUGUAGUGCUGGAAAUGGCCAACUACCCUACACCUGGUGUAAAGAAGGCAGCUUUAGUAGCUGUAGGCAACAUGUGUGUAUGUGUUCACAAAGCAACCUUGCAAAAUGCAUCUGAGGAAAUAAACACGGUGUUAACAAAUAUGUUGCAGUCAGUUGUUAAAAGAAUCUUAGAAAUAGUACAAGAAGAUACAGACAGAACAGUUGUUAUGACUGCAAUUGAUACUUUAUAUGAAAUGUUAGAAAAAAUAGGAAGACCUGUUUUAGAUGUUCAAGGUGCAACUGGUGCCAUACUUGCAAGGAUGAAAGAAGCAUUUACAAACAAGUUAUCUUGCCAAGAUGAAGAUACCUUAGAAGAUGAUGAUCAACAGGCAGAAUUCGAUGGAAUGUUGAUUGAAUCUGCAGGCGAUGUCCUUCCUGUAAUGGCUAAACUAUUAGGAGGAGAUAUAUUCUUGCCUUUUUUUAGAAGUUUUCUGGUAGAUUUAUUGAAAAGAUUAAAAGAAACAAGUUCUGUGUCAGAAAAGUCAUUCGCUGUAGGUACAUUAGCUGAAACAUUGUUAGCCUGUGGGCAGGUCUCAGUACACUUUGUAGAUCCACUUUAUCCUCUGUUUAUGAAGAUGAUUAGAGAUGAAGACGAGGAGGUUCGCAGUAAUUCCAUAUUUGCCCUUGGUGUGCUUAUGGCAAAUAGUGGAGAUAAGUUAUUUUCACAUUAUACACAAGUUUUAAAAACCUUAUUUGCAAUAUUGAAUAAAGAAGGCAACCCAAGAGUGAUAGAUAAUGUAUGUGCAGCGACAUGUAGAAUGAUAUCAACACAUAAGUCAGCUCUACCACUUGAACAGGUUAUCCCAGUGAUUGUACAAUGUUUACCGCUGAAGGAGGAUUUUGAAGAAAAUGGGACGGUUUACAACUGCUUAUUACAGCUUUAUAGUGAUGAUAUAGAAAUAAUUAAAGCUCAUAUUCCAAGAAUUUUAGAGUCUAUAUCAUGUGUAGUAGGAACAGAAAAGGUUAAACAAGAUGUACAGUCAACAUUAGUACAUUUCGUUAAAGAUGUUUCUGUGAAGUACCCUGGGGAUUAUCAAGCUGUCAGAAAUGUUUUACCUGCUGAAAAAAUUUCGAAAUUAGAUGCUUGUCUUCAAAUGAGUUUUUGAUGUAGUUAAACAUGCAGGCAACUGUUUAUAGUUAUACAUGCAGAUUUUGUCAUGAUGUACUAAGGUUUUACUGCCUCAAUGUUAUAGAUUUGUAACUUGAAUUAAUUAAAUAAUUUAUAACCAAUGACAUUUGAUUAUACGGCAUUUUCAGGAACAAUCUGUUAUUUAAAUUCUCAAUUUGAAGUUAUGUUUCGUGCUGCAAAUUUUUACAUGAGUUGUUCAUUGACUUACAACAUGUUUUUCCUUAAACCAAAAUCAUGUUUAAAGGUUCGUUAGCUGUUAAAUUCAUUUUCUUUGAUUUGAUUUAUACCAUAUUAAAACGUUUAUUCAAAUGAUCUCAAAAUGGGAUCGAUAAUAUA